AUGAAAACGCACUGUCUCCUUCUCAUCGCGCUCGCCGCGAGCGCCGACGGCCUCAGUACGCUCUACGGGACGUGCCCGGUCACCAGCCCCGCAAGCGCAUCGCCUUGUGUCCUCGGCGCCAACGGCAGCGUCGAGGCAACGUAUGCUGUCGACAGCAAUCGCCGCUUUGUCGUACAAGGCGCCGGCAUCGACGUCGUGCAGUCGCUCCCAGCGACGGCCACCAGCAUCAAUCUCAUGAUGAACGAAAUCACGUCGGUCGGGCUCAGUCCGUCGUCCGCCGUGCAAGCACUGAACCUGAGCUACAACCGCGUUGCGUCUCUGGACGCUAUUGCGAGCCUGCCAACUCUACAGUCGCUGGAUCUGAGUUACAACAACAUCUCUGACGCGUCGACCUUGAGCGCGCAGCUCGCACGCUUUCCCAACCUUGCGUCAUUGAGUCUGCGUGGAAACCGCAUCUCGUCGAUUCAAAACCUCAAGGUGCCGCCAAGUCUGCAAGCAUUGGAUCUCUCGGGCAACAUCAUCACGACGUUCGAUGUGACGGUCGCUACCUACUAUGCACUGGCGGCCUUGACAACGCUCAACCUGCGCGGCGUCUACAUCACGUCCUGCGCCGGCCAAGUCGUCAUGCUUCGGCAGGCUGCCGUGUGCAUCACCGACGCCCCUGGUCCCUCCAUGCUCCGCAGCAUGUACGGACCCAUUUUUGUCUUCUUUGGCACGGUCCUUGCGCUGCUGGUUGUCUAUUUGGUCGGCAAACGUCUUCUUCUCGGGCCGCCGGCGCUCACCGAUCAUACGCUCCGCGCCACGUGUGUUAGCUCGGGCUACUCGCGCAUGGACGACGAUCCGGUCGAGUACCGCAUCUCGGUGUCGCUCGACCUCGACACCUCCGACCUUACGAGCCGCCUCCGCAACGAUGAGGCACUCACGACCGCCCACAAGCUCCACCUCAAAGACAUUCGCAAACUCAAACUCAUCAGCGCAACACCGCUCUACACGACUAUUUGCAUCCGCACGCAGGGGCAUCUCGCAACUGCAGUCGAGGAGGACGUCCUUGGUGUCGAGAAGAACGUACGUUCUCGCCUCUCUGCAUUCCAAAACCUCCGCGUGUUAAACCUCUCAAACAACCAACUGCGGAGUAUCCGCAACCCCACCUUUCCCGCGUCGCUUCAAUCGCUGGACCUCUCAGGCAAUGUGAUAUCGGUAUUUGACGUCUCAACGGCCACCUACAAGGCGCUUGUCGCGCUGCCGCGGCUCACCUUGGGCACAGUUGCGCUCACGAGCUGCUCUGGUCAGCUCAUGAUGCUCGGUCGGGCCGUCGUCUGCGUCACUGACGCCAACGCCACCUUGUCCUUCUUUGGCUCGCUCUACGGGCCGCUCGUGUUGGUCUUUGGCGGCUUUACGACCAUCUCGCUGGCGUACCUCAUCUUCUUUCGAGAUCGCGAAUCCAGUGCAACCGAGCGACGGGAUCCGGCGCUCCGCGCCACGUGCAUUAGCUCGGGCUACUCGCGCAUGGACGACGAUCCGGUCGAGUACCGCAUCUCGGUCUCGCUAGACCUCGACACCUCCGACCUUACGAGCCGCCUCCGCAACGAUGACGCGCUUACGCCUGCCCACAAGCUCCACCUCAAAGACAUUCGCAAACUCAAACUCAUCAGCGCAACACCGCUCUACACGACGUACCGGACCUUCCACUGCGCCCACUCGGUCCGACGCCUCUUGUUGAAAUAG